UUAGAAAUGCCAGUUAAUAUAAUGGCGAAGAAUUAUAGUAAUUGCCCUUUGAAGAAGAGGCCCGUGCAUCUUAUCGAGGAUCCCUCAGAUGAACCUGAGAAUUUGAGCACGAAACCGGAAGAUUUAAGUCGAUCUGGUUGCCAUUCGACAUCCACUUCGUCACCAGUAUCUCCACCUAUAUCUCCAUCAGUUUCACCACCAUCAUCUCCGCCGAUGUCUCCCCCAAUGUCGUCACCAUCACCGACUCACCACCUUUACCAGCCAAUUAAGACGGAACCGUGCCUACCGUAUCGUCCACCGAUCAGCCCGGAUUACGCCCCGCAAACCUGGCAUCGUAGUGUUGCACCUUUGUAUCCACCAGCAUACCAUCCCUACAUCCCUUACCAUUACAACCACGAAUACAUGGGAAUCAUGAGCCCGACAUCGCCCUACAGUGACAGCUCCUGUUCACCUCCACACCCGCACCACAAUCAACCCUUGGCACCUCUCGCCCUACGUCCCACAAUGUACUCCUCCAUAGACCAGUCAUCCUUAAGCCCCAACUCGUCGACCACCUCACCGCCACCCCCAUCCAACGCCGAAGAUCUCACCGACAAACGACGCCAAGGCAUCAGGCACCAGUGUCCGGAUUGCGGAAAAAGUUACUCGACAUUUUCCGGCCUCUCCAAACACCGCCAGUUCCACUGCGCCGCCGGCGACGGUCCCCGAAAGUCGUUCAGUUGUAAAUAUUGCGAAAAAGUGUACGUAUCUUUGGGCGCGCUCAAAAUGCACAUUAGAACCCAUACGUUACCUUGCAAGUGUACAAUGUGUGGCAAGGCUUUCUCAAGACCAUGGCUAUUGCAAGGUCACAUUCGCACACACACCGGCGAGAAGCCUUUCUCGUGUUCCUAUUGCAACAGAGCUUUCGCCGACCGUUCAAACCUAAGGGCGCACCUUCAAACACAUUCGGACGUUAAAAAAUACUCAUGUCCCACGUGCAGUAAAACAUUUUCGCGAAUGUCCCUACUUACCAAACACGCGGAGGGUGGAUGUAACGGAGGUGGAAACUUAAUGCACACCGAAAAAUUGUAUUAAUCGCCUUAGUUUUAGUGUUUUUCUACUUAUUUAUUUUUUUCUAAAAGCGUAUACAGAUUUUUGAUUUCCUGUUAAAACAGUAUUUUCUGCAUAAGGUGCCUUAAAAAAAGACUGAAGAUUACUAUAAAAGUGUACAAAACGUAUUCCUAUUCCUGUACUUAAUGUAAAUAGGCGUUAAAGCUAAUAUAUUUUUGUAAAUCCGCGUGUAAAUGUUAACCUUCUGAAAAUAAUUUUAUAUAUUUGCGUAUUGUUCGAUCGCAAAGUAUCUAGUCAAGAGGAUUAAAAACAAUAUAGACCUUCCUCUACCUAUUACUUAGUAAAAUUAAAUGCCAUUGUAUAGUGCCUUAU